UAUCAAUUUGAAAUUGACUCGAAAUGGACCCAAAACUGUUAGUGCUGGCGGUUUAUUGUUAUUUGUUGCAAGGCAACACUCGGGCAUCCUCGUUCUCUCAUAGAAUAGGAAAUCUUACCAAUAUAAGCCAAGUGCAUGAGAUCUUAAAUGACUUUUAUGCAGACACGGGACCUUUUAAAAGGAUACUUUCCAAAUAUUAUUAUAUUGAGGCAAAGAGAAAAGUCAACUGGUUUAUGGCUGUGCACAAGUGUCGUGAACUGGGUGCCCAUUUGAUUAGUUUACGAAAUGCGCAAGAGUUUGAUGAAGUGAUACGAGCAUUAAAUAUAAGGAACUGCUAUUGGACGGAUCUAACUGAUCUCGCGGAGCAGUCCAAGUACAUGUCAAUGACCACAGGUCUUGCUGCGAGCUACCUUAGAUGGGGCCGUCUUGAACCAAAUAACUUGGGUCAAAAUGAACACUGCGUCCAGCUGAUCGCAUACGAUAAAAAAAGGUUAAUCAUGAAUGACAAUCAGUGCACUCGGCGAUGCCACUUUAUUUGCGAAACAAAUUUGCCCAGCCAAACAAAUAUUGUGAUUCAACAACCCAAUUUAUAGAUUCGCAUAACUUAAAAGCAUUUGUAUACAAAACACAGAUGCAAUGUACACUACUUAAAACCUUCAAA